ACACCGAGCGGGUGGAGUCGGGAGCCCAGAGCCGUGGAGGCGUUUUUCCUGGGCCUGGCUGUCUCGGGCUACCAUGGCGUUUGGGAAGAGUCACCGGGAUCCGUACGCAACCUCCGUGGGCCACCUCAUAGAAAAGGCUACAUCUGCUGGAGUUCAGACAGAAGACUGGGGCCAGUUCAUGCACAUCUGUGACAUCAUCAACACUGCCAACGACGGGCCAAAAGAUGCAGUCAGAGCUUUGAAGAAAAGGAUUUCCAAAAACUACAAUCAUAAAGAAAUCGAACUGACCUUGUCACUCAUUGACAUGUGCAUGCAGAACUGUGGUCCGAGUUUCCAGUCUCUGGUUGUGAAGAAGGAGUUCGUUAGAGACAGUCUGGUUAAGCUGCUGAAUCCCAGAUACACCUUGCCAUUAAACAUUCAGAACAGGAUUUUGAAUUUCAUUAAGAUGUGGUCGCAGGGUUUCCCCGGAGGCGUGGAUGUGAGUGAGGUGAAGGAAGUGUACCUUGACCUGCUGAAGAAGGGUGUUCGCUUUCCUCCCUCAGCUGCAGAGGUCGAAACAGCAGAACCAGAGACUGCUCAGAUCUCAUCAAAUCCACCAACACCUGUCCCUAGUGCACCGGCUCUUUCUUCUGUCAUUGUUCCCAAGAACGCGACUAUUACGUUGGUCCCAGAACAGAUUGGGAAAUUGCACAGUGAGUUGGAUAUGGUGAAGAUGAAUGUGAAAGUGAUGUCUGCCAUACUGAUGGAGAAUAUUCCUGGGUCUGAAGACCGUGAAGACAUGGAGCUUCUGCAGAAACUCUAUAAAACGGGUCGGGAGAUGCAGGAGCGGAUCAUGGACCUGCUGGUGGUGGUGGAGAAUGAAGACGUAACCAUCGAGCUCAUCCAAGUGAAUGAGGAUUUGAAUAAUGCCAUCCUUAGAUGUGAGAGGUUUACUCGAAAUCAACAAAGGAUUUUGGAGCAAAACAAUCAGAGGGGAGAUGCCAAUACUACCAGCGAACCUUCUGCCCCAUCCUGUGAACUUCUUGACUUAAGCCCCACCUCUCAGAACCACAGGGCCACUCUGGAAGAGGUCAAUGCCGUGAAUGCUCAGCUUUCCAACUUAAGUUUCAGCUCUCCAAGUCCUGUUGGAAUGAAGAUCUUGCAACCCAGCGUUUGUCCACAGGUGGAUUUGCUGGCCUCAGAAAAUACAGAAACAGCCCAGUUUGCCCAAAGGACCAGCCCCAACCUUGCCUCAAGAAGCCAUACAUACGAGAAUUUUUCGGAACAUUCAUCUUCAGUGUUACUACAGCCAGUGAGUGUCCAGACCAUUCCGGCCACCCCAUCAGACCAGAGACUGCCACCCUUGCCAGGCAAUCACCCAGCGAUGACAAAGAAUGAUCUCCAGCCACCACCCAAUUACUACGAGGUAAUGGAGUUUGAUCCCUUAGCUCCUGCUGUCACGACAGAAGCUAUUUAUGAAGAAAUUGAUGUUCAUCACCACAAAGGCUCUCAAAACCAUAGUGACUGUUGAGGUGGAAGUGAACGACCAGCUCACUAGCUGCAUUCAGGGCAACAACUCUCUAAGAGAUAGACCCUGCCCAGCGUUGAGGCCCAGAAGACAAAACCUACCAACACAUCAAAAACCAUGGUAGAAAAUGUCUCCUCUACAAUAGUGAAAUUUAAACAGAAGAGGAACAGCUCAAGGUUUAUCUCAAAAAAACUUGGUUUUAACAUAUAUUCGCUUAAACCUUCAAAGAAGAAAAAUUCGUUGUACUGAGGCCAACCAGGUUAAUAGGAGCAUCUUAUGCUUCACGGGUUUUCCUACAUUUAGAAAUCAUCACAUGGCUGUGAUGAGAGGAGAUGAAUAUAAUUCUGAUUAGAUAUAAGCACGAAAUGUGAGAAACUCAAUAUAUCAUUCAGGAAGAAUAGUGCGUGCCUUCAUUUCAAUGAAGUCAAAUAGAAAAGUCAAUUUG